CGGGGACUCCGGGCCCCAACGGCGGCCCAUGGGGCGGAAGGCGUGAGGCCGCGGCCUGCCCGGGGCUCGGGGGGUGGGGGGAGCGGGGCGGGGAGAUGGAUAAACUGACCAUCAUCUCAGGAUGUCUCUUUCUGGCCGCCGAUAUCUUCGCCAUCGCCAGCAUCGCCAACCCGGACUGGAUCAACACCGGGGAGUCCGCGGGAGCACUCACUGUGGGCCUCGUGCGACAGUGUCAGACAAUCCAUGGACGAGACCGGACGUGCAUCCCACCUCGGCUUCCCCCAGAGUGGGUCACCACACUGUUUUUUAUCAUCAUGGGAAUCAUUUCAUUGACUGUCACAUGUGGUUUGCUGGUGGCUUCCCACUGGCGGAGAGAAGCUACAAAAUAUGCCCGAUGGAUAGCAUUCACUGGAAUGAUCCUUUUCUGUAUGGCCGCCCUAAUAUUUCCGAUAGGAUUUUACAUCAAUGAAGUCGGAGGUCAACCUUAUAAAUUACCCAACAACACAGUAGUUGGGUCAUCAUAUGUACUUUUUGUCUUAUCAAUUUUCUUUACAAUAGUAGGACUUCUAUUUGCUGGCAAAGUUUGUUUACCAGGCUGAUGAAUGUCUAAACUGCUCAACUCUUCUAUUAUUUUUUAUUUUAUUUUAUUUUUUUAUUUUUGGAGGGGGGAGGACAAAGGCAAGGCGUCUAAGUAGUCCUCUCGUAGGAAGACGCUUAGAUGAAACUGAUGCUGAACAGGAAAAAAAAAAUGCUUUGAUUUGUUCUCACUAUGCACUUUGGAUUUAAAAACAAAACAAACAAACAAAAAA